GUGAGUAUAAAUAUUCGGGCAAUUUUCCCCAACUUGAUACAUUUACCAUAAAACAUUAUAAAAAUAUUAUCUUAACUUUAAACUACAAUCAAACAAUGACUAGAACGAAUAAAUGGACAGUUCAUGAAGCUGCAUCGCAACCAAAAUGGUUCACCCACCAUGGCCACCCAAACUGUGACCCAACAAAGGUAAAGAAAGAAGGUGCAGGCCGUGGGAAUUGGGGUCGUCCAGGAGACGAACUUACUGAUGAAGAAAUGGGUAACCGUUUUGGUAAAUCCAAAAGACGCAAUUCCAAUCAUGUUCACCAAGAGAAUGAAUUGCGAAUGUUAGAUGAACAACUCAAUAAAGACCUUGAGUGAUAAAAUACUACAUGACACCUAAAAUAACGAUUACGAUAUAACGAAAUAAAUGAUCAAAAAUUAUACGAUA